AUGGCCUCUGACGUUGAGAUGAACGAGUUGAAAGCAUCUUCUUCCUCGACUCCAGCCAGUAGCCGCUCGUCGCUCGCCGUUAUAAUCAACCAUGACGACCGUGAAGAAGAAGAUGUAAAUUCGGCUGAUGAUGACGACGACGACCAUGUCAUUGACGAUCAUGGCAUUGACGACCAUGGCAUCGACGAUGAUCACGACGGCAUCAUCUCAAUUAGAAACAGCGCGACCAGCUCACCCAGCGGACCCAUCUCCGUUCCCGUUCUUGUACACAACAGUAUUUCACCAGGCAUCCUCGAACCACCACCUAACCCCGCUGCUACACCCACUCUGAAACCAAAGUCCGCCAAACCCAAACCCCGCUCCCCGUCCCGAUCCCCGCCUCCCCCACCACCACCGCCUCAGCUUCAGACCAUCCGCCUCAAGAUUUGUCUUGGCGGCCCGAGCAAUUACGAGGUUGACAUCGCCAGGCAAGCUAGAGAGACCGGCCAGCGACCCCCAACUCCCACUCCCAUUCCCAUAGAUAUCAAGAAGAUCGAAUCUAGCGAAAGCGAAGAGGAGGACAAGACCAAAGAUGGUACAAAGCCGAAAAGCAAAAAGAAAAAGAAGAUAACUCAUGAAGAAUACGACACCUCCGACCCAUUCAUCGAUGACUCAGAACUUGCUGUCGACCAGCGCAAAUGGUUCGGCCAGACUAAACAACAGGGUUUCUAUGUUUCCAGCGGUGAGGUCGCCCUUGUCAAGGACAAGUCUCCCAAGAAGCCAAAGUCCAAGAAGCCCUCACUCGCGACCGCCCUGAACCCUCCCACCCUUACAGAAGGCAUUCGCAAUAGCCCCGUCCCUACCGUCUCAGACUCAGAGGUUAAGAAGGAGCUGCCUGCAGAUGAGGAUCUCGAGGCAGGUGACGAGCAUGCUGGUCAGAAGAGAAAGCGGUAUAUUACUGUUGUAGAGGGCGGGAAGAAGAGGAAAAUUGUUAACAUUCAUUCAUUCCAUCCAGAUUUACAAGUCGGUAUCGAAAGCAUCAAGCAGGCCAUCGCUCAAGAGUCGUGGGCACAGAAGGGCAAAUUUCCGCCAGCUCUCAAGCCUCAGCUUGCACAACUUGCUUUACUAGCCAUAAAGCUAGAUGAAUACGACGACCACUUUUUCAACCUCAUGCCCACAUUAUUCCCAUAUAACAAAUUUACCAUGACCAAGCUUAUAAAACGGACUGUAUACACGGACCACGUCGCACUCCUCGUCGAGAGACAAGAAAUACUUCUCAACGAACUCGCCGAAUUGGCACGUCUUGGCUUCGCAAAGGCGGAAGAAGAAUGGGAGCGAAGUGUUGUAGCAUGGGAUCGCCGGCAAGAGAAGCUCCGUGCAGAAGCAGCCGAAGCAGCGAACGGCACCGCUGCGGGCACGGGUGCUGGAACAACCUCUUCCGGACCCACACGGCAUCCUACAGAGGAGAUGGAUGUCGAUCAACAACAGCAAACUGUGGGGGGCACAGGCGCGCCAGGUACUGACGGGGACGGUGAGGGUGGCAAGGAGGGUAAAGAUCAUGGUCAACACCCUCCCGCGAAACGGUUCCGCAUGACUGAGACGAUGAAGAAUAUUGUAUGGAAUUUGGUUCUACUGAGUAACGAGUGUUGCCGACUGGAGAAUGAAAAGAACACAUACGAGGGCUCAAUGAUCCAGGUUAGCGAGCAAGGUUUGAGGAAGGUUCUUUACCAAAAGAUCGUAGCUGCAUUUCCUGAGGGUUGGAUGUCAUCAGGCCAAAUAUCAAGAGACGUGAGCGUGAUGAAGAAAAAGUAUGAGAAGGAGAACAUGGAGAACGAAACAUAG